AAAAAUUGAGAAAGAAAUUUAAGUUUAAAAAACUAUGUGCGCUCAAUACUAACAAUAAUUAACAAUAUCGAGCAUUUCGCCCAAUUUGUGUAUUGAAAAUAAAUAAGAAAGAAGACGUAAAGGAGAUUAAAACCAUAAUUAAUUUGUGCGGGUGUUUUAACUAACAUCAACUUUUCGCAACCGAAAACAAAGUUUUCAUACUUUAACACAUAAAUGAAGAUGUCGACACAUGAAGACGAUGAUGAGCAUGAUCAGGAAAUUAAUGUUGACACUGAUUCGCGUUUAUCAUGUGGUACAAAUUCCGAGGUGGAUAUGGAUGGCGAAAGUUGUUAUGACUCAGAGACUGCUUUAGGUGAUUCAAUACAAUCGGAGCAAACACGCCCAUCAAGUGAAAAUCUGCCAUUUAGUAUUUCACGACUAUUAUCAAAGCCAUAUGAUAAUAACAACAAAACAACAGACAAAGAUAUUUUAGAUGCGGAACAUAAAUUCGCAACACAUUUAGCCAAUGUAGGUAUACCCUAUUCAACCGCCAGUGCUUUAUACUCCUAUCCCUUGUAUUCGGCUGGACAUGUAUUACGAGUGCCACCACAAAGAGCACCAUUAUCAUGGAGCCUGCCGCCCCUUCACCCAGCGGCAUUAGCACAUCAAGCCGUAAAAGAUAGAUUAGCAGUAGCAUUUCCAAUUGCACGAAGAAUAGGACAUCCAUAUCAAAAUCGAACCCCACCAAAAAGAAAGAAACCACGAACAUCCUUCACCAGAAUACAAGUCGCUGAAUUGGAGAAACGAUUCCACAAACAAAAGUACUUAGCAUCGGCUGAACGAGCAGCACUGGCACGAGGUUUAAAAAUGACGGAUGCUCAAGUGAAAACAUGGUUUCAAAAUCGACGGACCAAAUGGAGACGACAAACAGCAGAAGAAAGAGAAGCUGAACGACAAGCCGCCAACCGACUAAUGUUAUCUUUGCAAGCCGAAGCCAUCAGCAAGGGAUUCGGUCCAUCGUCACAGCAGCAUACCAAUCAGCCGGUAUCGGGAGCUCCACUUGCCGCAUUACAUGGAUUGCAACCAUGGGCCGAGCCACAUUCUGCCGGAUGCUGAAUAGCGUUUUAUGAUAGGAUUUUGUGAUAAUAUUUUGUACAUAAUAAGAGCCCAGUAGUGUUGUAAUGAUUUUUUUUUCGAAACUGUGGUACUCUGGAUCCAUCGUACAUUUUGUUUUAGCAAUAUGUAUGCAUCCUAUAUAAAUGUGUGUGUGGCAUGAGAGUUUAUUUUAAAAUGUUACGUUAGCAUAGCCGAUGAAAGACAAAAUUUUUUACUAUUGAAAAUUCAACCAACGAUUUAAGAUUAAAAUGUAUCUACUCCCAGAGCGAUUAACGAUGAAAGAGUGUGACGAAAAGGGUUCGCUGAAGGGUAAGUCUUCGUAUUGCAUAAAGGGGUAAUUACGGAGAAUUCAAAUAAAAUCAUCAGGAAUGAUCAACUUUGAACGAACACAAAAUUCGGUCAUUUUCAUCCUAUCGUCCACUAUCCUGUCCAACCAUUUUUGCGAUUUUUUUUUUUGACAUGGUGGUGUCGAAUGUCGUUCUUACAUGGCUUUUUAUUCGUAAUUUAUAUUAUCAUAAGAUUCAGCAAUUUGCGAAUAAAAAACCCUGCGUCCCAAGUGUUUUGAAGCAAUUGUAAUCCUAGACCGUACUUGUUCCGAAUUUUACAAUAUGAAAUUUUGUCUUUCACGGCUUAUGUAUCGCGGAACACAAUCACAUCAUCAUAAAAAUAUAAGUCUCGUAACACAAAAAAAAUGAUUACGAAACUUUAACUGUAUCACGUAUAUCACAUCAAUAUUGUCCGAAAGUAAGCAUCAGAUUUUUUUGUUAUUUUGAAAAUUGGUCAUUUCGUAAAAACUGAAUUUUGAUUGUGAAUAGUAAGAAGUGUUGCAUUGGGGGUAUUUGCACGAGGACUAAACGCAGACAGAAAAAUAGUUUUUUUGCGGUCAUCACACGUUUUGUGAUUCUCCAAUUAAAAGUUUUUAGCUGCACAUUUAGAGGUCAUUCGGUUUGGUUUUCGUUUUAGUGUUAACGUUCGUCCUUCGUCAAAGAAAGCUUUCGGUUCUGCAGAAAAAAAGAAAGAAAAGCUUUUGCUUCGCACAAACAUAACUUCGCGCUUUUUAUCACUCUUUCAUUUCCUCUCAUUCUCCAUUGGGAUGUAGAAUUAUGUUAGGAUAGAUUUGUAGAUUACUUUUGAGUCAUACUGAACGAGAAAAUCGAAUUUUAAAUUGAAAUACUGGAAGGAAGCUGGCUGGAUUAUUUGCCGUUGAAAUCUUAAAUCAAAACUUUCAUUUACGUGUUCAUUACAAUGAACUUUAAGGCACCUUACGUAGCACUAGAAACAGAGUUUUCUGUUAAUUGCUCCAAUCGACUCUGUACUCUAGUCUUGAGUGUAAGGAAUGUUGUAGUGGAUCGUUUCCCGAAUAAGAACCUAGUCUAAAAUAUCCUCAAAACCACGGUGAUUGUUGUUUCACUGAGAUUAUUGAAUGCAGAAAAAUCGAAGCAUAGCAAUGAACCAAGCACCAGUUUUUUCAACGGAAAAUGGGCUCCUAUUGUUUAUAUGUGAAAAAUUACGAACUAUACCAACCUUACAAACUUAACAUAUUUGAGAAAUUUUGAGUACUACCUCUAAAAGGCCCCUUUCAAAUUAUGUUCUCGUGCUUGGUUCAGUGCUAUGAUUGAAGCCGUUCAACAGCUUUGUACAGUAAGAUUCAUAUUCGAAAUCUGUUUAAGAUUGAGCAGACAUUUCCAUUAAUGUAUACUGUCGUAAAAUUUGAUCCCAGUAAAUAAGACCUCAAUUAGCCGAGCUGCAUGCCAAUUUCUUAAAAGCUAUUCGCCAAUCUAGAACUCGAUUAAUAGAAAUCAAGGAUCCAUAUAAGUUGGGUACAAAAUUUUUGACCAAGAAGAUCUUUAAAUCUAUGUUUUACCAUUGAUUACAUUUGCACAAAAAUGGCUCCAUCAUGAUUUCAUGGUAAAAGAAGAUUUAAAGAUCUUCUUGGCCAAACAUUAUGUCACUAAGGUCUAAGAAUAGUCAUUUAGAAAAAAAACGACCCCCCCCCCAAUGUAGAUGUCAGUAAUUAAUAUUUAGAAUUUUUCUGGCGGUUACACAUUUUCGUAUCCUUCUAGUUCAUUGUGUAUGGAUGGAAGAUUAGAAUGAAGACAAAAAAGAAAAUUGCAAAAUUGAUGUAAGAAAUUAACGUUGAAAGGAUGGAACAAAAGGAAAAAAAAAAAUUAAAUUCACAAACAAAAAUUAAUUAUGGAAGCAAUUUAAUUGUAAAUAAAUAAAAUUAAAACAGCAAAAAAAAGAAGAAAGAAACUUAGCAAAAAAAAACCGAAUUGUGAUGCCUACAAUUAAACUAAAAAGCAAGAAAAAACGGAAG